CAGAGGACUUCACGCGGGCAGAGAACAGGCAGGCAUGGAACUCGCCCUCAUCCCUCACCUGCUCUUGCCAGUGAUGUUCCUGACAGGUCUGUGCUCCCCCUUUAAUCUGGAUGUGCAUCGCCCACGCCUAUUCCCAGGGCCACCUGAGGCUGAAUUCGGAUAUAGCGUCUUACAACAUGUCGGGGGUGGACGUCGAUGGAUGCUGGUGGGUGCCCCCUGGGAUGGGCCUUCAGGUGACAGAAGGUGAUGUUUAUCGCUGCCCUGUAGGAGGUUCCCACAGUGCUCCAUGUGCCAAAGGCCACUUGGGUGACUAUCCGCUGGGAAAUUCAUCUCAUCCUGCUAUGAAUAUGCACCUGGGAAUGUCUUUACUAGAGACAGACAAUGAUGGGGGAUUCAUGGCUUGUGCCCCUCUCUGGUCCCGUGCUUGUGGCUCCUCUGUCUUCAGUUCUGGGAUAUGUGCCCGUGUAGAUGCUUCAUUCCGGCCCCAGGGAAGCCUGGCACCCACCGCACAACGCUGUCCCACCUACAUGGAUGUUGUCAUCGUCUUAGAUGGCUCCAACAGCAUCUACCCCUGGUCUGAAGUUCAGACUUUCCUGCGAAGACUGGUAGGGAGACUGUUUAUUGACCCAGAGCAGAUACAGGUGGGACUUGUACAGUAUGGGGAGAGCCCUGUGCAUGAGUGGUCCCUGGGAGAUUUCCGAACCAAGGAAGAAGUGGUGAGGGCAGCGAGGAACCUGAGUCGACGAGAGGGACGAGAAACAAAGACUGCCCAAGCAAUCCUGGUGGCCUGCACAGAAGGAUUCAGUCCAUCCCGUGGGGGCCGACCAGAGGCUGCCCGGCUGCUGGUGGUUGUCACCGAUGGAGAAUCGCAUGAUGGGGAGGAGCUUCCUACAGCACUGAAGGCCUGUGAGGCUAGAAGAGUGACCCGCUAUGGGAUCGCGGUCCUUGGCCACUACCUCCGGAGGCAGCGAGACCCCACCUCUUUCCUGCGGGAAAUCAGGACGAUCGCCAGUGACCCAGAUGAGAGAUUCUUCUUCAAUGUCACCGAUGAAGCUGCACUGACUGACAUUGUAGAUGCACUGGGAGACCGGAUUUUUGGCCUUGAGGGGUCCCGUGGAGAAAAUGAAAGCUCUUUUGGCCUGGAAAUGUCUCAGAUUGGUUUCUCUACUCAUCGGCUGAAGGAUGGGAUUCUCUUUGGAAUGGUGGGGGCCUAUGACUGGGGGGGCUCUGUGUUAUGGCUUGAAGAUGGUCACCGCCUUUUCCCCCCACGGACAGCCCUGGAAGAUGAGUUCCCUCCUGCUUUGCAAAACCACGCAGCCUACUUGGGUUACUCUGUUUCCUCCAUGCUUUUGCGGGGUGGACGCCGCCUCUUUCUCUCAGGGGCUCCUCGGUUUAGACAUAGAGGAAAGGUCAUCGCCUUCCAGCUUAAGAAAGAUGGGGCUGUGAGGGUUGCCCAGAGCCUCCAGGGGGAGCAGAUUGGCUCCUACUUUGGCAGUGAGCUCUGCCCAUUGGAUAUGGAUGGGGAUGGAACAACCGAUGUCUUACUUGUGGGUGCCCCCAUGUUCCUGGGACCCCAGAACAAGGAAACAGGACGUGUUUAUGUGUAUCUGGUGGGUCAGCAGUCCUUGCUGACACUCCAGGGGAUGCUUCAGCCAGAACCCCCCCAGGAUGCUCGGUUUGGCUUUGCCAUGGGUGCCCUUCCUGAUCUGAACCAAGAUGGUUUUGCUGAUGUGGCUGUGGGGGCGCCCCUGGAGGAUGGGCAUCGUGGAGCACUGUACCUGUAUCAUGGCACCCAGAGUGGGCUUAGGCCCCGGCCCGCCCAGAGGAUUGCUGCCAUCUCCAUGCCACAGGCCCUCAGCUACUUUGGCCGGAGUGUGGACGGCCGGCUGGAUCUGGAUGGAGAUGACCUGGUAGAUGUGGCUGUGGGGGCGCAGGGGGCAGCUGUCCUGCUCAGCUCCCGGCCCAUCGUCCACCUGGCCCCCUCCCUGGAGGUGACCCCACCAGCCAUCAGUGUGGUUCAGAGGGACUGCACCCGGCGAGGCCAGGAGGCAGCCUGCCUAUCUGCAGCCCUUUGUUUCCAAGUGACCUCGCGCACUCCCGGCCGCUGGGAUCGCCGAUUCUAUCUGCGCUUUACAGCAUCCCUGGAUGAGUGGACGGCAGGGGCACGUGCUGUGUUUGACGGCUCUGGCCAGAGGCUGUCCCCGCGGCGGCUCCGGCUCAGUGUGGGAAAUGUCACUUGUGAGCAGCUGCGCUUCCACGUGCUGGAUACCUCUGAUUACCUCCGGCCACUGGCCUUGACUGUGACCUUUACAUUGGACAACACCACGAAGCCGGGGCCUGUGCUAGAUGAGGACUCACCCACCUCCAUAAGAAAGCUGGUCCCCUUCUCGAAGGACUGUGGCCCUGACAAUGAAUGUGUCACAGACCUGGUGCUUCGGGCUAAUAUGGACAUCAAAGGCUCCAGGAAGGACCCAUUCGUGGUUCGAGGGGGUCGGCAGAAAGUGUUGGUGUCAGCAACCCUGGAGAACAGGAAGGAAAAUGCCUACAACACUAGCCUGAGUCUCAGCUUCUCUAGAAACCUCCACCUGGCCAGUUUCAUGCCUCAGAGGGACAGCCCAGUGAAGGUGGAAUGCACCACCCCUUCUCCCCAUAUCCGGCUCUGCAGUGUGGGGCACCCUGUCUUUCGGACUGGAGCCAAGGUGACCUUCCUGCUGGAGUUUGAGUUUAGCUGCUCUACCCUCCUGAGCCAGGUGCUUGUGAGGCUGACUGCCACCAGCAACAGCCUGGAGAGAAAUGGGACCCUUCAAGAUAACACAGCCCGGACCUCAGCCCACGUUCAAUAUGAACCCCACCUUCUAUUCUCCAGUGAGUCCACUCUGCACCGCUAUGAGGUUCACCCAUACGGGACCCUCCCGGUGGGUCCCGAAUUCAAAACUACUCUUAGGGUUCAGAACCUUGGCUGCUAUGUGGUCAGUGGCCUGGUCAUCUCAGCCCUCCUUCCAGCUGUAGCCCAUGGGGGCAAUUACUUCCUGUCAUUGUCUCAAGUCAUCACAAACAAUGCAAGCUGCACGGUACAGAACCUGACCAAGCCCCCAAGGCCCCCUGUGCACCCAGAGGAGUUUCAGCACACAAGCAGACUGAAUGGGACGAACACUCACUGUCAAGUCGUGAGGUGCCAUCUUGGGCGACUGGCAAAGGGGACUGAGGUCUCUGUUGGACUACUGAGGCUGGUUCACAAUGAAUUUUUCCGGAGGGCCAAAUUCAAGUCUCUGACAGUGGUCAGCACCUUUGAGCUGGGAGCUAAGGAGGGCAGUGUCCUACAGCUGACUGAAGCCUCUCGUUGGAGUGAGAGCCUACUGGAGGUGAUUCAGAUGCGCCCUGUCCUCAUCUCCCUGUGGAUCCUCAUUGGCAGUGUCCUGGGAGGGCUGUUCCUGCUUGCUCUCCUUGUCUUCUGUCUUUGGAAGCUUGGCUUCUUUGCCCGAAAGAAAAUCCCCGAGGAAGAAAAAAGAGAAGAGAAGUUAGAGCAAUGAAUGUAGAAUAAAGCCCUAGAAAGUCCUCUUGGCAGCUUCUCCAAAAGACUUGAGUGAGAGCCGAGGUUUGGGGGCUCAGCUGGACAAGAAGAGCCUCUAGACUGUCUCCCCAGACCUGCAGCCUGACUUGACUUUUGAGUCAUGAGGAUGCUGCUGGCAAGAGAUGAGGCCUUACCUCAGAAGACAAGGGCUGGCGCCCAAAGCAGAAACACUCUCCCCCUGUGCUUCCCUUCUCAUGAUCCCACUGCCACAGUCAACCCUGGGGCCUUGGUUGGGUGCCCCUUUUUCCUUAUCCCCAGGAGUCAGGUUUUUUGCCCAGGUUCCCUGGUAUCUUUUAGAUUCCCCCUACAAUCCUCCCUCAAAUUUGGAAAGGGUGAGGGCAGAUCCUCCUCCAUUCCCUGCCUCUCACCUUCCUGUCUGCUCCCCACUCCACAGAAGGGAGCUGAGUUGGCUUCAAAAAGUAAAGUCAACAUCUGCUGCUUUCCUGUGGAGUCUGGUGAUUCAGAGAGCCGGAUGGGGAGAGUCAACAGGAAAAAAGGAGGGAGGAGGAAAAGCCACAAGAGACAUUCUGUACAAUUCCAAGGAACAGAGAAGUCUUUAGACGGGCAACUGCCAUCCCCCUGAAACCUGAGACUUCAUGGUGCCCUGGCCCGCCCUCAGGUGCCUGUGAAACCGAGCUGCCCCUGGCCUUCGGGGCACGGGUUUCCCAACUCGUGGCCUUCCCUGGGAGCAAAGCCAGGGCAGGGCGCCUGAUUCUCUGGAGCCACGGGCCCCCAGGUGGCUAGAGCUGGAAUAGCAGAGAAGAGUCUCGUUGCUUUGGUCAUGGCCAGGGGAGAGAGUUGGAUACCCUCGGGGGUGUUUUCUUCUCUCUCGGGUCUCACACACUCACGAGCCCUUCUUAGGGUCACCUUCUAGAAACCAGAGAGAAGGGAGACGAUUUCCUCUUGAUGGUGGGAAACCCUUUCACCGGCUUUGGGAAGCAGCAGCUCCAUGGGGUUCUAAACACUCCAUAAACCUUAGUCAGGUCUGCAUUGAUGAAGAAGCCAAAGUGGGUGACAGGAGGUCUCUGGGGAGCAAGCCCUUAUAUGCUUAUCAUUGGUUGUGUGGCCCAAAUAGCUCCUAGGAAAAUGUUUUUGGGGCCAUUGAAGUCAUUCCUGGUAGGGCUUCUCUGGUGGAACCAGUUUGCCAGCCCUUUCCUGAUAUUUACUGGAAAGUUCCAAUUUCCAUCUCUGGGUCACCUGGUGAGGUGGUCCUGACCAGUAGUAGAGCGAAUUAGAUUCUCCACCAAUAACCUAUAAUUAAUAAUAACGUAUAAUUAGAUUCUCCACUGAAUAACGUAUAUUUCUUUGUCAUCAAGACUUUGGAUACCAAAGUCUGUUAUUGGUCUCCAAGCUGUGGUUCUGAUGGCCAUUUGAAGAAUCUGCACCUGUUUUGUGCUGAGAGGAGAGGAGACCUGACCGGGCAGUUGACCAGCAGUCACAGAACUUGUUCUUCAGGGCUAUUCUUGUGGUCUGGGCACAAUGUUUAUCUUGGCACGUCUCUGGUCUUCUGCAUAGGACAUUGUCUCUGUUUCCUAGCAGGGUGGACAGCGUAUCAUAUGGUCAGAACAAAUAAAGUUCAGUGUCAAAUUA